CCAACGUACAUCGAUUUACUCGCAAACCAUGCGCAGCCAGUGGCAGAAAAGAGAACUAUUAGCUUUGUAUAUAAUUGUGAACCAUAACUACGACGCAAAAGCUUAUACCGUUCGGACUCCUUAUAUCUAUACUUCGUGAAACAAACAAUUAAAAUAAAAUAAAACAAAACAUGAACCUAACCCUAAAAUUUUUUCACACCUAGCUACACCGGUUUUAAAACUUAAGUUUAGUACAUAUUUGAACAAUUCCCAGCGGUUAACUUCAGUGAUUUGACUCAAACAUCAGCAAAAUGUCGUACGAAGACUACAGUGAACCUGACAUGGAAUAUCAGCCAAGUUGGUCAGAGCUGUUUGAAAACUGUAUUUCUCCAACUUUAUCCCAAGCCUUCAUAUUUACUUCACAUCUAUUGAUGUACAAUGUUGUCUACACCUUCAAUCUACACUUUUUUUGUACAUCAGAGAAAAGAUUUCAUAUGCUCACAACACUCACAGGACUAUGUUUUAUCUACAUGUGUGCUUUUCGGUUCAAUGAAGAAGCUUAUCAUGUCUUACCAUUGGUGUAUGGGGCUUAUAUUUUGUUACACACAUUUAAAACUUUGAAUCUCAAUGUUGGAUACUGUAUUGGGAGUGUUAUUGUUCCAGUUUUAAUUGCUUAUGAGUUUGGAUAUCAAAAUCAUGCAGCCUGGCUGAAAAUUAAAAGUGUAGUGAUGGUGGCAAUGAUGAAAGUGAUCUCGUUAGCGUUUGAAAUGAACGAUCCAAAGAGCAAACACCAAAAUAUCCCGUCGAUUUUGGAGUAUAGUGGGUACAUUUGGUGUCCAGGUAAUUCAGUUUUAGGUCCUUGGAUAAGUUAUAAGGAUUACGUUGAGCGUUUUCACAAACAACCGAAAUUAUCUCUCCAAUGGUUAAUCAGUAUUUUUCAAUACACUGUAACAGCUUUACUUUUUGUUGUACUCAGUAAUUGUGUUGUUACGUAUUUUAUCACAGAUUCAGUCAAUAGAUAUGUUUUAAGCUUUAGAGACGCAUUAAUCUUCCGAUUAAGUCAUUAUUUCAUUUCUUAUCUCGGUUCUGCCGCGAUGGUUGCAGCAGCGUUUAAUUCAAAUGAAGAAAAUAACGGAAAAUGGAAGUAUACUAUUACAAAUCCUAUAGAAAUCGAAGUACCGAGAUCGCUUGUAAGUGUCGUGAUCAAUUGGAACAUUCCAACGCACACCUUUUUAAAGAAAUACAUCUUUGCUGGUUUCCUUCCUUAUGGAAACUUCACCGCAGUGUUAAUGACUUACCUCGUGUCUUCGAUGUUACACGGCCUCAACAUCGAAGUUUCUAUGGUUCUGCUCUCCCUCGGAUUCUUCUCGUUCGUACAAUUCAAGUUCCAAGAUGUCGUGGCGUCUUUCAUCAAUUGUUGCACACGCGUCCGAGCAUGUCGCCACUGUCGCCACACCAAUAAGUAUUACAUGCGGCCUAUCUUCAACUUCCUAUUCAUGGCGACGACGGUAGUCUACCUAGCAUACACUGGAUGUUUAAUGACUACUAUAAAUCAUAUUGCUAAUGCCGAUGAAGUUUUUGAUUCUGUCGUCGCACGAUGGCAAGGCGUAAACUUGUACGGGCAUUAUUUAGCCCUCGCCAGCGUAUUUCUAACUUGUAUACUCACAUAAUUGACGUAAUGUUUAUACUUAUUUAUUGAUCAAGUAAUAUCAGUAUUAUUUUACGCUCUAAUGCAAAUUUUACUUACAAAUAUUAAAAGAUACUUACUUUAA